ACAACAUUUGAUGGAAGGAAGUGAUGCUAGCUCCUACGCGCUAUCUUACGGAUUUUACUUAUUUUAACGUUUUUAUUUUAUCGAAAUGACCUUGUGUUCAUAAUGGCCACUACGGCAAAGAAUGGAGUUUGGGAUAUUAGCCCGGUAAGACGCGAAGAAGCGGAUAAAGAAAACGAUAUUCCUGUUUUAAGCCUGAUACAGUUUUCCAAAGCUCCUUUUGUAAGUUUUGGUGCAGUUAAACUCGGGACGUCUAAGUCUGCAGUUUUGAGGAUUGAGAACCCAAAUGAAGAUGUCGAAGCGGUGGUGAUAGUUGAGAAAAUCGCGUCAAAUAAAGGGUUUUCUGUGGAUUAUAGCACGUUUACUAUCGAGGCUGAAGGAUCGUUGAGUUUGACGAUAACAUGGACUCCAGUUGAAGAAGGUGGUGUUCGGGAGCUCAUUAUAUUCAACGCAAAUGGGGUCGUCAAGCAUCAGGCUGUACUCCUGGGACGAGCAGAGGCGCCCAAGAGGAAAAAGAAAACUCUUUGGGACUCUAUCAAAAAUAAACCAGCGAUGGGAAAGGUGUCUGGUCCCAGGGUGAAGAGGGCAGAGCCAACUUUAAAGAUGUCGGCUAACAAGACCUUCCAAGUGUCCAGGAAGCCUCAGUACAAACGGGAUAAGCCUCGCAGUCCACUGGCCUCCCUCAACAAGGAAAAGCCAAAACGGGAACGCUCUCUAUCCCAAAAAAAUCCCAAUGACAAACAGACACUUUUUUUGGUUCCUACUGCCCAGGAUGACAUCUGUAACAUGCAAGAAAAUUCACCUUUUGUGUGUCGGGUGCCGGAAACAACAAUUAAACCAAGAAAUAGCCAGGAGUUUUUGAGCUUGCCUGAAAAUAAGGACCUCACGAAAAUACUAAACAAAACGCUUUCACCGAUCGGCACGCCGGACGGGUUGAAAAAACUAAUGCCACAAAUUGACCCAGUUGAAAGCCCACUAUGCAGAGCUCCCAUAAAUACGGAAAUUCCACUAAACAACACGCCAACCCUGUCCAUAAAAGAAGCACUUGCCCUUAUAGACUCGGAUUUAAGUCCCAUCAACAGCUCGCCUCAGAGUUGCAGCGAAUUCUCUGAUUCACUGGAGUCGAAAAGCAGCAAAUUCAAGGCUAAAAUAAACCCAGAAACUCCGGCAAUUGAUGAGCCCAGGCUGACUUUCUUGGUUGGCAAAAAAGUCCUCCUUCAAGAAGUCAAAGUGUUUACUUCCACCACCGUGACAAAACCCAAGGCACCAGUUGAGGCGAAUCCCUUGAGUGGACGGAAAAUAAAAAAAUCAAGACGCAGGCUUUUGGAGAAGACACUGGAGCUGAGCGAUUCUAGCAGUCAGGGGGAAUCUCGCUCGGGAACGCCGUGUCUUCCAGUUAUCGAUACAGAAGCAAAUGGUCAAAAUUCCAAUGUAAAUGUGACUGUACAGUUGGACAAAGGAGUUGAAGAUGAGCAAAGAGCUGGCAAGCAUGAAGUCUACACCCCGCCCACUUCACCAAGUCCUAUAGUCUUUCUAGUGACUUCUCCUCAAUCUGAAGGUCAUCAUGUCUCGUGUGCAAAAAGUCCCUCACAAGAGCAACCAGUUUCUGUCUCGUUUACACCAGCUCCUUCAAAAGAGACGACACAAGUGAUCCAGUCCACAGGCGAUAUCAUGCCAGUUGUGUCCAUGCAGCCUCCCGUGUUUUUUGCGUCUUCGCCAGAAUUGUUUCCGAUUCACGUGGCAGGGAAAGGCCAGAAAAGGAAGAGUGAAGAGUUUCUAAUGGUCAACUCCAACGCAAAAGCAGAGGGUGCUGGGAAAUCAGAGCGGAUCAAAAGAAGCAGAGUCCUGACUGUAAAAUGUGAACCCAGUAAGGAGAGGAGAACAGCAGUGCAGAGACAGCAGCCCAAACCUGCAGGUUCAGUUCGUGCAGUUUCCUCUUUGAAAGCGGUAAAGUCAGCUGCUCCAGUUCACCAAAAGGCUCCAGGCACCAAACCCUCUACACGCCGUGCUCCAUCCGUGAAGUUGUCUGCGCAGAAAUCAAAAAUAGUUGCAGUUGCUCAGUCCAAGCUCACGUUUAUCCAGCCGACUCAAACAGCCAUACCCAGACAUCCGAUGCCUUUUGCUGCCAAGAACAUGUUUUUUGACGAGAGGUGGAUUGAGAAGCAGGAACGGGGCUUCACCUGGUGGAUAAACUACGUCCUCACUCCUGAUGAUUUCAAAGUCAACACAGAAUCCACAAAAGUGAGUGCUUUGUCCGUGGCUAUGGGCAGUGAGGUGAUCGUCCCCAAAGCCCCGACCAAAGAGGAGAUGUCGUUCAGCACGUACACGGCGAGGAGGAAACUAAACCGUCUGCGGCGCUCGGCCUGCCUGCUCUUCUCCUCUGAGCCCAUGGUCAAAGCCAUUCAGAGGCUCGAGCUGGAGGUGGAGGCCAGGAGGCUGCUGGUGCGCAAAGACCGCCACCUGUGGAAGGACAUAGGUGAACGACAAAAAGUCCUCAACUGGCUUCUGUCCUACAACCCUCUGUGGUUACGGAUUGGGCUGGAGACGAUCUUUGGAGAGCUGAUUUCACUGGAAAACAACGGCGACACUUUAGGCCUGGCCAUGUUCAUCCUGCAGCGUCUUCUGUGGAACCCAGACAUCGCUGCAGAGUUCAGGCAUGCCAAGGUGCCCCAUUUGUACAGAGAUGGCCACGAGGAGGCGCUGUCUCGCUUCACUCUGAAGAAGCUGCUGCUGCUCGUGUGUUUCUUGGACAAGGCCAAAGAGUCUCGGCUGAUUGAACAUGACCCCUGUUUGUUUUGUAUGGACGCAGAGUUCAAGACGAGUAAAGACCUGCUGCUGGCCUUCUCGCGGGACUUCCUGAGUGGAGAGGGCAUCCUCCCCAGACACUUGGGCUACCUGGGCCUCCCUGUGUCACACGAGCAGAAACCACUGGACGAGUUCAACUUUGCCGUGAAGAACUUGGCUGUCGACCUGAAGUGCGGCAUCCGUCUAGUUCGUGUGAUGGAGCUGCUGGUACAGGACUGGAGUCUGUCUCUGAAGCUCCGCCUCCCCGCCAUCAGCCGCCUGCAGAAGGUGCACAACGUGGAUCUGGCUCUGCAGCUGCUCAAGAAGAAGGGCGUGGACCUCAAGGACGAGCGCGGCUCUGUGAUUGACUCCAGGGACAUUGUGGACGGCCACAGAGAGAAGACUCUUGCCCUCCUGUGGAAAAUCAUGUUUGCUUUUCACGUGGAGGUGAUUUUGAAUGAGGACCAGCUAAAGGAGGAGAUCUGCUUCUUGAGGAAAACUCUGAAGACCAAGCGGCGCCUGGCGUACCUGAGAACAGACCGUGGACUCCAGCCAAGUCCUGCUAAAGACGGGACUCUGUUUGAACACAGCAGCCCCAAAAUCAGACUGCUCAUGGACUGGGUGCGAGCCGUGUGCAGCUUCUACACUGUAAAGGUGGAGAACUUUACCGUGUCUUUUUCGGACGGCCGUGUGCUGUGUUACCUGAUCCACCACUACCACCCGGGCCUGGUGCCGGAGUCCUCCAUCUGUCAGAGCACCACCCAAACAGUGGAGAGCUCACCCAGAGGACGCCUCCAGCUGGACUGCUCCAACUCCGACUCCGACUGCUCCUUUGACUCCGCCCCCUCCUCAGCUGCCAAUGACUCUCCUUUCAAAGAGCUGCUGGAAAAUGAGAAAAACAAUUUUCGACUGGUCAACAGCGCCGUGUCUUUUCUGGGUGGAGUUCCUGCGAUGAUCAACGUAGCCGACAUGUCCAACACCAUUCCCAAUGAGAAGGUUGUGAUGUCUUACCUGUCCUUCCUGUGCACUCGACUUUUGGACCUGAGGAAUGAGACCAGAGCUGCUCGGGUCAUACAGGCUGCGUGGAGGAAAUACAGACUGACCAAAGAUCUGCAACUUUACCAGGAGAGAAACACAGCAGCUUUAAAGAUCCAGUCUUUAGUCCGAAAGUUCCUCCAGCGCCGCAGAGCUGUGAGACAGAGCCACGCGGCCACAGUCAUCCAAUCCGUGUGGAGGGGCUACGUGGCCCGUCAAGAGCUCAGGCGACAAAAACGGGCCCAGCUCUGGCUUCUGCAAACAAGAGCAGCAACUGUCAUCCAGGCUAACUGGAGGAUGUUUUAUGCCAUGAAGUCCUACCAACGCCUCGGAUAUCACACCAUUGUCAUUCAGGCACAGUGGAGGAUGCGCAGGGCAGUGUCUGCGUAUAGAAACACUCUUUGGGCAGUGUCCGUCAUCCAAACUUACACCAGAGCUUGGUCUAUGGCAAAGAGGGAACGAGUGUCAUUUUUGUCUCUUCGGGCUGCAACAGUGACGAUCCAGAGAGCCUAUAGACUCCGGAAAAGUCGGAAAAUGGAGAGGGAAAACCAUGCUGCCAAAGUCAUACAAGGUGCCUUCAGGAAAUGGCAUGAGAAAAAAAUGUCUGAAAAAGUGGCCGCUGCUGUAAAGAUUCAAGCUUGGUACCGGAUGCAAGUCUGUCUACACCAAUACAGAAAAAUCAAAGUUAGCGCUGUGCUAAUACAAGCCCAGUACAGAGGUUAUAUGCAACGGCAACGCUUCCAGGUGCUAAAACGUCAACACUAUUCUGCUACAGUCAUUCAAAGUGCAUUUAGGGGCUACAUUGUGCGAAAACAAAUUGCCAAAAUGGCUAUGGCAGCUGUUGUGAUCCAGCAACACUUCAGAUCUAUGGUCAAAAGAAAUGCUGACCGGCAGGAGUUUCUGAUGAUGAAAAAUGCAGCAGUUACGUUACAAGCGGCAUACCGUGGAAAGCUGGUUCGGGACUUUUUGAAAACCCAACACAAGGCUGCAACAAUAAUACAAACUGCAUUUAGAAAAUAUGCUGCUCAGAAACGCUAUUCUCUCAUGAAGAAAUCCACUAUUUUGAUCCAGCAAAAGUACAGAGCUACACGUAUGGCGAUAAAGAUGAAGGAUUCUUACCUUGCUCUUAGAAAUGCAACAGUGAAAAUUCAAGCAACAUGGAGAGGAAGAAAGGUCAGAAAGAGAUUGGACAAAGAGAAUCGCUGUGCUACCAUUAUCCAAGCCUGGUUUCAUCGAUAUGUCGCACAAAAGCAAUACAAGGCGACCAAAGCAUCAACUCUUGUCAUACAGCAACAUUUCAGACGUUAUAUGGCUAUGAAAACGACGAGGAAAGCGUUUUUAGAUAUACGUACAGCCACUAUUUCUUUGCAAGCAGCAUACCGAGGCAUGAUGAUCAGAAAGGAGAUUAAGAAAAAGCGCAGAGCAGCCACCAUCAUACAAUCUUGUGUUAAAAUGAUCUUGCAACGAAAGAGAUAUCGUUUGAUUCAAAGCGCAGCCAUCGUCAUUCAAAGCCGAUACAGGGCCUUGAUCGUUGGUCGGAAACAACAGCACGAUUAUAGACGGCUAAAAGAGGCUGCGCUAAGAAUCCAAGCUAUUUUUAGGGGAAAAUUGGUAAGGAGAGAGCUUAAACGACAACAGGACGCAGCCACAGCGAUACAGGCACAUUUCAGAAUGUACCAAGUUCGUAUGGCGUUUCUUGCAACAAAAUGCGCAGCAAUAAUUAUUCAAGAGAGAUACCGAGCCAAAAGAUUGAGGGACCGACAAGUUGAAAAGUUUAGGUCAAUGAAAACCGCUGCAGUAACUAUCCAAGCGGCAUAUCGUGGCUACAAAACACGGAAACAAAUUUAUGAAAUGCGAAAAGCUGCUAUAGUUAUACAGAGGGCACUUGCUACACAUCGUGCUAGAAACCAGUUUGUAACCUUGAAAAAAGCGGCUAUAGUUUGCCAAAGACGGUUUAGAGCUGUGAAAAUGGCAAGAAACCAGCGAUGUGACUAUCUGACUAUGCGAAAAUCUGUCAUUUGUUUGCAGUCUGCGUGGAGAGGUCAUUUGAUCAGAAAGGAGUUGCGUAAAAAGCACACUGCUGCAACAAUAAUUCAAUCUCAUUUCAGAAAAUACAAGCAGCAAGUCCGCUAUAACAAACUGAAAUGGGCCGCCAAGGUGUUCCAAGACCAUUUUAGAGCCAAUCGAAAAAUGAACAAAGAGAUGCUAGCUCUGAAAGUCAAAAGAAACGCAGCGGUUGUCAUACAGGCUGCCUUCAGGGGUAUGCUAGCAAGAAGGCUAAUGAAAAAACAAACUGAGGCUGCAGUUGUGAUUCAGAGAGCGUUCAAAACCUACUGUCAGCGUAAAUGGUUUCUCGCGAUGAAACUGGCCGCGGUUAUAAUCCAAGAGAGGUAUAGGGCAUCGGUUGCGGCUAAGAAAGAGCGUGCGCAAUAUCUGCAAAUGAGGAAUGCCGCUGUGUUUGUUCAAGCACUGUACAGAGGGCACCAAGUUCGAAAGGAGGUUGCUCGUUGGAAUCACGCUGCUACUGUCAUCCAAUCAGCUUUCAGGAAAAAACGAGAAGAAGUGAAAUAUCAAGCCAUGCGUUUGUCAGUUAUCAUCAUCCAGAGAUAUUACCGCUCCUGGCUCGUGAAAAAACGAAAUCGGGCAAUUUUUAUGCAAACACGACAGUCAGUUAUUGUCCUUCAAAGUUAUUUCCGGGGUUAUCAAGUCCGGAAGAGCGUUGCCAAAAUGCACCAAGCGGCUACUCUUAUUCAAGCUCAUUUCAAGAGGUACAAGCAACAAUCCCGCUUCGAACGACAGCGCUGGGCAGCUUGCAUCUUGCAGAAACGAUUCAGAGCUCAAAGGCGAAUGAGGUUGGAUGCACAGAGCUAUCAACAGCAAAAGAAAGCCAUUAUUGUGCUGCAAGCUGCAUACAGAGGAUUGAAAGCAAGGCAAAGUGUCAAGAACAUGCACAAAGCUGCUAGUGUUGUACAGCUAGCCUACAAAACCUACUGUCAAAGAAAGCAGUAUUUGGCUCUAAAAAACGCAGUAGUGACUAUUCAGAAAAGGUAUCGCGCAACAGUGGAAGCCAAGAAGCAAAAGCAAGAGUUUCAAAGAAUGAGAGAGGCUGCAGUGGCCAUCCAAGCUGCAUAUAGAGGACUUAAAGUUAGAAAGGAGGUCUUUAAAUCGCACCGCGCCGCUACUGUUAUCCAAUCUGCUUUCAGGAAAUAUAAAGAGCAGGUUAAAUAUCAAGCAAUGCGUCUGUCAGCCAUCAUCAUCCAAAGAUACUACCGCUCCUGGGUUCUUCAAAAACAAGAGCGGAACAAAUUUUUAAAGUUGAAACAUUCUGCGAUCUUGAUUCAAGCUGUUUUUAGAGGUCACUGUGCUCGAAAGGACAUUGCUAAAAUGCAGAAGGCCGCCACGAUCAUCCAAGCUAAUUUCAGGAUGCAUAAACGGCGAACGGAUUUUAAGAGACAACAACGGGCAGCAUGUGUUCUUCAGCAGAGAUUUAGAGCACAAAAACAAAUGAACUGUGAUCUACUGCGUUACCAACGGCAAAAGAGAGCUUCAGUUGUGAUACAAGCUGCGUACCGUGGAAUGAAAUCGAGACAACAGGUCAAGCGAAUGCAUCGGGCUGCUUGUGUAAUCCAAAGAAGUUACAAAACACACUGUGAGCGCAAAUGGUACCAAGCGCUGAAAAACUCUACUUUGACAAUCCAGCGACGGUAUAGAGCGACCAUAGUAGCAAAGAGACAAAUGCAAUGCUACCAAAGGAAACGAAGAGCAGCUGUUUUGUUGCAAGCAGUUUUCCGAGGACAUCGCGCCAGAAAAGAACUCGCAAAUCGGACGAAAGCUGCUCUCGUGAUCCAGUCGAAUUUCCGAAGGUACAGAGAAGAAAUGAAAUACCAGGCGCUACGUUUGGCCGCUGUAAUUAUCCAAAGGCGAUAUCGAGCUUUAGUUACGCAGCAACAGCAAAGGUCAAAGUUCAUCCAUUACAAACGCAGUGCCGUCAUCCUACAAGCAGCUUUCAGAGGCCACAAAGCCCGACAGAGGCUAUCCAGAAUGCACCGAGCGGCCACUGUCAUUCAAGCCAAUUUCAGAAAGCACAAGGAAGAGUCAGUCUUCAAAAAACAGCGAUGGGCAGCUUGUUUGAUUCAGCAGAAGUUUAGAGCUCAAAGACGCAUGAAAUUUGAAAUGGACAAUUAUCAAAAGCAAAAGGAAGCGGUUGUCGUGCUACAAGCUGCAUACAGAGGAUUGAAAGCAAGACAAAGCGUCAAGAGAAUGCACAAAGCUGCUAGCGUUGUACAGCUAACCUACAAAACCUACUGUCAGAGAAAGAAGUAUUUGGCUCUAAAAGCGGCAGUAGUGGCUAUUCAGAAAAGGUAUCGUGCAACAGUAGCAGCCAAGAAGCAAAAACAAGAGUUUGAAAGAAUGAGAGAGGCUGCACUGUUUAUCCAAGCUGCAUAUAGAGGACUUAAAGUUAGAAAGGAGGUCUGUCAGUCGCACCACGCUGCUACUGUUAUCCAGUCAGCUUUCAGAAGACACAAACAUGAAGUUGUGUACCAAGCCGUGCGUUUGUCAGCUGUCAUCAUUCAAAGAUACUACCGCUCCUGGGUUCUCCAAAGAAAAGAUCGUAGCGCUUUUCUCAAAAUCAAACGGGCAACUAUUGUCCUCCAAGCUGCGUACAGAGGUUGGCAAGUCAGAAGAAAUCUUACUCGCCAAAAUGAAGCCGCAGUGGCCAUCCAGUCCCAAUGGAAGUGUUUUGUCCAGCGAAGGCACUUCCAGAGGACAAAAGAGGCUGUUUUGAAGUUGCAGAGCCGAGUUCGGGCAGUGCAGCUGGCCAAAAGGCAACGAGAUGAUUACAACAGACAGAGGCAAGCGGCCAUGACACUUCAGCGGCACUGGAGGAGCUGGAUCAUAAGAAAACAGGAGCUGGAGGCCGCACAGGCUGAGAGGCGACUGCGUUUUACUGCUGCGGUGUACCAUCAUCUCCAGGCCAUAAAGAUCCAGAGAGCUCUGAGAGUCCACUGGGCCCUGGUCUCUGCUAAGAAACAGAUCCACUCUGUCAUCACCAUCCAGCGUUGGGUGAGAGUCUGUCUUCAGAGGAGACGUUACCGCGACGACAGGAGGAAGGUGGUCCUAGUCCAGAGAGCUGUGAAGCGCUGGUUCGAUCGGCGCCAAAAAGCCGCCCGUGUCAUCCAACAGGCCGCUCGUAAGCUCCUCCUCCUCAGGCGCCAGAAGAGAGUUCACCAAGGCAUCGUCAAAGCUCAGGCUCUUUGGAGAGGCUACCGCUCCCGCUGUCUGAACGAUAAUGCCAAAGUGGUGAAGCUGAGGCAGCGCUUGAAGAAAGUGACCGCAGGCGUCCGGGAGGAGGACAAACUGUGCAACAAAACCUCCACUGCCCUGGACUACCUGCUCCGUUACAAGCACUUCUCUUAUAUACUGGAGGCACUGAAGAACCUGGAGACGGCCACCAGGCUGUCCCCCGAGUGCUGCGAGCGCCUGGUGGAGAGCGGAGCGACAAAGGUCAUCUUCACUCUGAUUCGCUGCUGCAACAGAAGCGUCCCCUGUAUGGAGGUCAUCACCUACUCCAUCCAGAUCCUGCUCAACCUGUCCAAGUACCAUGAGACCAUAGAGGCGGUGUACAGCGUGGAGAGCUCUGUGGACACUCUGCUGGAGCUGCUGCAGAGGUACAGGGAGAAGGCCGGGGACAAAGUGGCUGAAAAAGGAGGCAGCAUCUUCACCAAAGCCUGUUUCCUGCUGGCCCUGCUUCUACAGGACAAACGCCAUGCUCUGGAGGUGACGAAAAUCCCCAAAGCCAUUGACAGACUGCAGAGCAUCUACAGACUCACAGCCCGUAAACACAAGAUGGACGCCGACAGAACCGUCACAAAGCAGAAGAUGAACGCAUCGAUCAACGGGAGCUUUUACAUCCAAGCCACGCCACGCAAGACUCGCCCCACACCAAAGUUUGCUCCGGAGUGGGUUCUCACAAAAAACAAACUCAAAGACAUCGUGGAUCCUCUGAGGGCCAUUCAGAUCGUGGCAGAGACAUUGUCCAUUAUUUUGUAAAUAUUAAUUUUUAGCCACAAAUCAUCUCCUUUUUAAGUGAAAACAGUGUGUACUGUUUUAACUUUGUGUAUAGAAUGUUUUGAAUGUACAG